AGGGAAGGACGAGCCAAAUCCCAGAAGCCAAGUCCAGCCAAGGGCCAGAAGAGAAAGCUGCCAGAGGAAAAGGAGUCUGGUGCUGAGGAACGUGAUUUUGAGAAAGAUGAGAAUGUGGAUGUGAAGGAAGAGAGUAACCCCAUCGUGGUCAGCAGUGGAUAUCCCUUCUGGAUCUCAGAGCAGAACAGCAGCCAUGCCUUUCCUGCAGCAUCACCGGUGCCAGCUGAACAGAGGGAGGGUCCAGCCAGGGAGCAGCAAGUGCCUACACCAUCCUACCAGACAUACCGGUUCCACGAAGCUGGGGACAGCCAGCAGCUCCCCAGCCGCGACGUCACCGCCUUGAACGACUUCCGAGCGAGGUGCCACCCCUUGGAUCUCACCUCGGUGCCUGAGCACGACUCCAAACAGCUCCCAGAGGGCUUCACCAACCUGCCUCCGCUGCCCCCACCUCUGCCCCCUCCCCAGGACUACACCGGAGUGGUGAACAUGGCUCUGGACUCAGUGGGGAAACCUGGAGCUCGAGCGCCCAUGUACAGUCCUUAUGGCACUGAGCAAGGCCUUGGGCAGUGGAUGGUGCCACCCCACAGCCAGUACAGGGCGAUGAGCUACUCAGCCUUCUCCACAGAUUACAACACACAAGGGGCUUCAGGACAUGCCCACGGGACCAUGGCAGAGUGGAGCCAGUACCCACUGUUCCCCUAUGCCUGCUGGUGAGCAGGGAGGAUCCUUCCCAAUGAAAAGACUGAAAGAAAAUUGUAAAUGAGAACAAAUUUGUUCUGGGGUGUUAACCUUGAAGCCUUGUCUGUAGAAGGCAAAGAGGCAUUGCUGCAGAUGGUGGCAUGGGAUGCCUUCACUUCCUUGUCUCCUUGCACAACAACCCUCAUGGUACUUCACAAGCAGCAGUUACACUGCUACAGUCCCAGCUGUGUCAGGGCACGUCUGGCUCAAUCUGUGUGUUCUGCAGUGCUUUUUCUCCAGCAGGAAUAGGAAACCACAGGAACUGUGAGAGCAGCAGUGAAAGAGCUGUUGACCUCUGUCCCAGGUGCUUGCAUUUGGCAGUUUCCAAAAUCCCUUCUUCCCAGGACAUGUGUGCAAGGAGAUAGGGGCUGAGGAGUUUCAGUAAGCCAGGCCAAGAAGCUGUAGGGGAUUUUUGCAAGGAUGAGCCAAAAAAGCAAUUCCAGUGACCCCUUGAGCAGGUUCAUCAAACUAAAGUCAAACUAAAGUCUUGCCUUCUUUUCCAGGAGCAUAUGACAGCAAAACAUGCAGUGGUACAUGUGGCUGUGGAUCAUGCAGGCAGGGAAGAGCUUGUCUUCUGCACGAGAACCAGCAGCAAGGCUCUGUGUUGUGUCUGUGUCCCUCAUGCCCACCCCUAUCCCAUCUUCCCUAGAUUCGAGGUUAGUGAAACACUUUUCCUUCUGCUGGUGGAGGAGGGACAUUGUUCACAGAAUUCAGGGCUGUUCCAGGGGUCUCUAAAGGCCUGUGCUUGCCAGGAAUAGCAGUGCUGCCUUUGACACUCCAGCCUCUUUCUUUUGAAGGGAAAGAAAUCUUUCACUGUGAACUUCUUCCACCCCCAGCCACCCGCAAAGAAUAUAAUUUAUAGCUGUUGUUGCUGCGCUACGAAAGCUUUGCCUAUAGAUGCUUCUGACCAGUCUUGUGUCAUUCAUCAGCCACAUACUUUAAAAUAAUGAACACCACAGGCACCGAGCCACAGGCUGCACUGCUCCCUGAUGCAGUGCUGGGUGCCUCCUGGCUGCUCAGUGCCAUCUUCUUGCGGGCUCAAGGAUCUGCUUCGGUGUCACUUCCACUGUCAGAGCAGUUUGACCUUUGUUACUGCUGUGGAACCAACCCUCUUCUGGAGGAGCUGUGCUGUCAGUGAGCAGCCCAUGGCCCUGCUCGGCAGAGAGAUAGUGUCCCUAUUUGCCAAGUAGCCCUGGCUGUGUGGUCCUUUUUGAGUCCUUUUGCUUCUGAGGGAGGACAGAAGUGUUCCUCACUGUUAUGCAGAGAACGUUUUCUUGUAACACUUCAAAUAAACUGCUCUGUAGUUCACAGCCAUCAGCAGGCAGUGAGGUGUGUGUGCCAGAUGGCAUUCUCUGCAUGCACUCUGCAGCAGUGUGUGUGAGCAGAGCAGGGCAGGUUUGUGACUGCUGGUGCAGCAGGAGUGGUGUGCAGGUAGGUGCAUGCUGCUCUGCCUGGGUGCCAGCCCUGCACAGCGUACAGGUGUGGAACUGUGUUUAUUACUCUUAAAAUGACUUUGAAAAGUAGCCCUGCACGUUUGUGAAACUCAGCUACAGCGACUGCUUCCUUAUUUAAAUAGAGUAUUGCUAAUUGGUCUGUACUGCAGUGAUGAUGUGAGCAGAGCAGCCGAGUGAGCAGAGGUGGUCGGUGAGGUUCCCCACAAUGAUCACUGCCAAGAAAACCUGAACUAACACCCCCUGGCUGGUUGGUUAGCUCUGCUUCUUUGUCUUUGGAGAGCUAGAUCGUAUUUCCCUCUGUCAUAGGCUGAUAGUGAGCAUGGCCAACUGAAGGGAACAGGGCAGCACAGGGAAACCCGGGUGCCAGCAGGACAGCGAGGUGCUGUAUCAGAUGCCAGCAUGGCUUUGGGAGAGCUGCAGUUGGUGGAGCUGGUUUGACUGUGCAGGGUGAGCCUCAGCCUUGUGCACAGGAUUGCUGUUAAUUACUGCCUGCUGUUGCAGCAGGACUCCUCGCCCUCCUUCGGUGAAUCACCCACCUUUCUAGCCAAGUACCUUUGCUUCCACUCUUCUGUCUCUGGUUAGAGGCUGCAGCUCUGCUGUUUGCUGAAGCCCUGACGCACGUUGCCUGUAGCUGUGUGCUGUGGGCUCUCUGCUGCCGCCGCCUCCCUUUGCAGCUUCCCCUGUCUUGUUUUCUUCAGCUGUGGCAUUUAAAAUCUGUAUGAGCUCGACUGAGAUACUGUUUUUGCACGCAUGUGAGAUAAUGUAAUGCGUCUCUGACAGCUUCAAUAAAAGGAAAUGAGACGUGCGGAAGGCAGGCCAUUAAGAGCAAUAAAAUAAACUCGAAAGUGUGGUUUUUUGUGCAUCUCUUUCAAGCACACUGCUGGCUCCACUUCAAUCCUGUUACCUGGGGCUAGUUCCUACAUGACACAUGCUGUUGAUCUCAGUGUUCUUUGUUCUCUCAGUGUAUUCGGAGAGCCCCAGGUUGCCUGCUUGCAUUGCUAGAUAUGACUCAGUCUCUUGUACUAAUUCUUUGCAGCAAAUACUUUAUUUUCUAUACAUUUUGACUCCUCUUCUGCAGAGGAGUUACGUAAGGAUGAGGACAAAUGGACUCUAAAUGGGAUCUAGGUAAAUUUCCUAUGGGAAAUAAAGAUCCUGAUUUACAUUCCAUUGUCCUACUGGUUUUUGCAACCUUAAGCCUUGUUUGAGGCUGUUUCAGUGCGGGUAGGAAUGGCAGAAAGAUGUUUUCUUGCUGCCAUUCUCCUACCAUAGACAGGCAUUGCCUGGUGGCAGCUGCAGGCUCAGGGGGGGCACUGCAAUGCUGCUGCCCCAUAACCCACACUGCGUCCACUCAAAAGACUCCAUGGGUCCUCCCAGUGGAGCAGUCCCCCCUCACCUGGCUGUAGCCCAUGCAUUCAGGCAGCCCCGGGCCCUGCAAAAGGAGCAGCUUCCAGUGUGAGCUGCAGUGUCCAUCAUUGAGUCCUCUGUGAGUAUCCUGCCAUGUGUUUCCUGCAUUCACCUUAAAAGAUGCCAAGCAAGCAGCAUCCAUCCCAUUCCAGGAACAACAACAUUCUUUGAGUCAAAUGGUUUUUUAUUACAGAACUUAAAAGCCACUUAAUUUGCAAACACCAGGCUGGGGUCCCAUAAGGAGCCUCUUAGCAGGGGGGAGCGCAACAUUUGGCUGACAAUAACAACAAAAACAGCAGCCAUCACCCACCGUGCAAAGCUGUACCAGCACACAGCCCACCACCUCCCUGUGCCCACAGCUGCAGUAGUGCUGAUGCUGAUUGCCUCCAGGUGCACAGGGUGCAGGUGUCUGCUCUUAGCAUCCUGCCCUCACCCAAACUGUGCAGCAGAAGGGAACGUAAUGGGUUUUCCCUGAAGGAUGAGGAGUGGGUGUUCUGCUGAACUUUCCCCCUCUGCACUGGGUGAUGUUUGCUCCACAGCCUACCCUGAGGCUGUCUGGGCUCCUGUAGUAUUCAGAGAGAUGGUUUUGCUGUUGUUUGUUGUGCCUGUUUCUGUUUUUUCUCCAGGGCUCAGCUCUUGGUUUUCCAGCAGGUGUGCUCCUGACUCCUCCUACAGCUCCAGGUAAGCUGGUUUAGCUGCUGUGCUUUGUAGAGCUGUAAUGAGAUAUAAGUGUGGUUUCUUGGGGUUACAGCUAAUAAGAGAAAGUCAGGCAUGAGUAGCAGCAGCUUGUAGGCACCCAACAGAAUGCUAAGCAAGUUGGAAAGCAUUUCUCCUCUACAACCCAUGCUCCUUGCAGCAUGCAGAGUGCACUGCGCAGAACCAGUGCUGUAGUAUUGAGCUCUGGGCCUGAGCAGCAGCUUUAGACAACACCUUAAACAAGUGUGAAGCUGUUCUUUAAUGCAGUGGUAACAAGAGGCCCUGCAGCCAUGAUAAGCAGCCAGUCACCAUGUGUGCUGCUCUGCUUGAUUUAGUGUUGUUCCUGUUUUGUUUUUCCAAGUCAUGUGAGUUUUAUGGCACUUUGCUGUAAGGUGCUGAAUUGCCUCUGACACUUCUGUAAUACUCCUCUUUUUUUCUUUGUAUGUGCAGGUGUAUGACUGCAGCAUUCCUGCCCAGACGGUGCCCUGCUCGGUGAGUGUAAUGGAUGGGUUUAAUCUCCAUCCCCUACAGCUCUUUGGGGGCGUGCUGAGAUUUGUAUAUCUUUCUCUCUGACUUUUACUGAAGAGGGAAAACUUUGUGCAUCUGGAAAGCAGAAUCAGAGAGGGCAGCUAGUAGCACAGGGAGGCACACCACAGCCACUCAGCUGGACAUAGGACAUGGCUCAGGUCUGCUCUCUGUGCCCCCUGUGUGCUGGUACUGCUGCUCCUGCAAUGCUGAGCUGUGGGCCUUGCAGCAGCUCAGGGAGCGCUCUGCAGUCUGGCUUUGGCUCUGCCUCCCCGUCUGGAAGGGGCUCUGUGGAGGGUGAGGUGUUCAGGGUAGCUCAGCCAGCCAGCAGCAUUCAAGUGAGGGUGGAAUGAGAACUGCUGCAGACUCAGUAGAUGUUAGUCUGCACUUUGGGGCAUCCCCAGCUGUAAGGCUCAAGGGAGUAAGAACAACAGGCAGCUGAGCAGCAGAGGCAUCUACAGCCAUAGGGGUAUUCUCAACAUGGUGCUGAGUGAUGCUGAUGUGCCUGCCAUACAGCCCUUAGGGGCAGGAUGAAUGACUGUAGUGUCACUAAAAGAGACAAGCCUGAGGCCCCAGUGCCCAGGCUGUGCACCAGCCCUGCAGACACACUUCUACCCUCCCGAGGUUAUAGGGUAGAGGCAGUGCCCUGCAGAGAGUGGCCCUCCUGCCCACACCAGCUGGUUUGGCUGCUGCUCCGGGGGUGCAGCCAAGGGGAGCCUCCAGCCCGAGUGUUUCCUACCUUCACUUCAUCCUGCCCAUAUGUCUGUUAAUGGGCCUGCCCUGCCUGCAUCCUCGGGGACUAAUUGCCUCACACUUGAGCAAAUGUGCUCCGGGUUUAAAAGGAGUCUAUCGAUCUGUGCAUAUUCCUGAAAGCCUCACAGGGCCCUGUUGCCUUUGAAGUGUAAAAACAUCCAUCUGUCUCUCUGCUUUUCCAGCAGUCUCCUGCACCAUUUGCAUCUCCUCCCCAUUGCAUCUCCCUCACUACCUGCAGCCCCACGCAGUGCCUGGCUGUGGCUGCCCAGGGGCUGCAGGAGGAUGGGGACAAAGGUGCAAAGUCCAGAUGAGAGGCUGAGCUAUUUCUGAAGGCCAGUUUCCAGUCCUCCCCAGACUUUAAGAAUGCUCUCACUGUGCUUGGGGCAGAAGCUGGAGGUGCAUUCAUCUGUAGCAGGCACGUUUAUUAAAAAGGAGAGAGAACAACCCCUGGCUUCUUCCCAUCACAGUCCUUAGCUUCUCGUGCAGACAGUGAGGAAAUAAGGUAAGACUUGGGUUGCUUUGGAUGAUCCACCCUGAAAUAUGCAGGGGUGACCAGAAUGUGUAGUGGUUCUCUGAUGUGGGCUGAGAAAAAUCCUGUUGAAAUGCAGUGGUGUGGGCAACGUGGCUGUGAUUCUCCCCAUCCCAAUUCCCUGUACACUGGAACUGGGCAGGCCAGCUGUGCUACUGGGCUGUUUAACUCAGGCACAACCAUACAGAAGUGACUGUGCUGGUACAAGUGAGACUCCUUGACUGUCCCCGGGGUUGUGGAAGGAGGACAACACAGCUCAAUCCAGCCCCAAAUUCCAGGGCUACGUGUAGCCGCACCUCCCAGAUGGUGCCUUGGGUUUCCUAUUUCAAUGGGGAUUCGGCAGCGCAGCGGUGGCACCUCGCUGUUGGAGGCAGUAAAUGGGCUCCCAUCUGGUUGUAAUGAUCAGUAGCACUUUGGUGCUUGUUUAUCCUCAUGUUUUAUGCUUCGGCAAUAAAAUACUGCUUCGGUUUGUUCGAUCCAUCCCGGUGCUGGAUGGAGAUGAGUUCACAGUCGCUGACAAAGCGGUCCCUGGAUGCAUGCAGGGUGUUGUGUUUUUAGACAGCUGGGCAGGAUCAGAUGAUGUAGUGACAAUCAGAAGGUGAUGGGGGGGAAGGGGAAAGCAGCUUGUGUGCACCUAGCAAAGAAAUCAUACCUUUGGAUGGAAGGGACAGGACCCAGCAGGGUUUGGCUCUGGCGCUGGAGCUGUGCUCAUUCCCUCCUGUCCCUGCAGGGCUCUGACAUGGAGCCAAAGGCUGUGGGUGAGGGCAGGCACAGGGAUCACACAGCACUCGGGCACAGAGGUCACACAGCACCACCGAGAGGGCAAUGGGCUCCUGCUGCCCCUCUGGCUUACGGGUACCUGGAAACCUUUGGCCUUCUCAUCUCCCGUUCCUGCUGUAGAGGAGCACGAUCUCCUCUACUUCAUUUCCCAAUUCUGUGCUCGUUGGAGGCUCUUUAACUCUCAUCUGUGGGGGUUGAAACACACAUUUUUCUGCACAGAGAUCCUUUUUCCCAACUGCCUGUCGUGGCACGUAGCUGCAGGAGGGAGCCAAACAGAGCAAGAUCUCAGCGAACGAGUUAAGCCCCUUCCGAAGCGCUGUGGCUCCGUUCCCAGUUCUGCUGCCAGGCAGCUCUGGCUGGCUUUACGGGGGUUAAUGGGAGAGGUGCGGUGGGAUCCCGUCUUAGGGCGGUAAUAGGGCUCACAGUGCCACCCAGUGACCGCGGGACCCGAAGUGCGCAGCUGCGUUCCCAGCUCUCACUCGGUAAGCGAGUUCCCUGCCCACCGACCUCCCCAUAAAAGAUGUGACCCCUGGGGAGGGUCCCAGCAGUUUGCUCUGGGAGUGCUCACGAAUCCCAGCAGAGCUUAUGGCAGAGCACGGCCAGGCCUGAAGUCCAGCAACCCAGGCUGUUCAGCCCCUGCUGGGGGAGUAUCCCCAGCUUUAGGUGGCAGCCACGCUCGCUGGCUUUCUGACUUGCACCCCAAGGUUAACGCAGGACCUUCCCUCCUUCUGCCCAAAUCCUGCCUGCAUUCCUCUCUGGGUUGAGCCCUGUGUCACGUUCCCAGGUGAGCAAGUGUCAACAGGCAGCUUUAAUGGUGGGGCGCAGGGAAAGCAGCCAGCUGGGUGCAGUGUCAGCAGAUCCCAAGGUGGCUCCCAGUGCUGCAAACUGCUGCCCCAGCAGUGCCCCGACAUGUUUCCAGCAGGGACUCUCAUGGAGAGAUGCAGACUGAGGCUCUAUUUUGGGUGAUGACUGCAGAGCCCACAGAGCUUUUGGCAGCAGGGAGGGGUUUAAUCUGCCUGUCCUUCUCCAGGUACAUUCUGUCCUUCCUCCACUCCCCUCCAUUUUCUGUAGCUGUCUCGGUGCCACUGCCUUAGGGCUGCAGGGCUGCAAUACGUGGCUGAAAUGAGGCCACUGCAGCGAGGGAGGCACGAGUCCUGCGCUCUUGAUGGAUGAAAGUCCUCAAUCUUCGCUGCCCUGACAAGGACUGCAAGCUUUCUGCUCCUGGGUUGCUCCCCAAUGUGUCUUUAUUUUUGCCUGUUUAAAUUUAGGCCAGCAUUGGUAACAAGCUGCCAUUGCUGAGCAGCACAAAGCCAGCAUGCUGCAGUCAGAGCCAUUUCCAUCCCAUCACCUGCCUCUGGUGAUCAGGUGGUUCCUGAUGACUGUUCUGAUGGAAGUGGGUAACAGCCCCUUAUAGGCAGGAGUUGCUACUGAGUACUGGAAGUAACCCUGAUGUUGUUUCUGGGGAGCAUCCUGCAGUGUGGGAUGAUCCAUCAGUGACAACGCACUGCUUGUGUUGAUCAGUCCUGCCUUAACCCAUCCAGCAGAAUCCCAGACCCGAGCCAAUUUAAGCCUUUUAGUGGCAGACUCCCCCCAAGCUGAUGUGUCCCACGGACCAUUCGGGGUGCUACUUCUAGCAGAGAAAUCCUCUUUGUUAAUUUUAGAGCCAGUUCUCCAGUGUGCUGAGCAGUCACGGCUCCUGAAGGCAGUCAGGGCAGCGGGAGGUAUUUGGUCUUUGAAGGCUACGGCUUUUUCUUACAUGAAGAAGCCCCAGUGAGAUGAAUUGCACUGCCUUUGUGCCAGGUGCUGUGCCAGGCGGGGUGCCCAGGAGGCCUCCAGCCCACAUGCAGUGCUUAGCAGCAGUCAGUGCCAACAGAGCCUGUUUCCACUGCUUGUCAGCUGUGUUACCUGGGAAGAGAAAAGCUGUUCCUCUUCAAGGUCGGUUGAUUAAUGGUAUCGCUGGUCACAAGAUGAGUGCAGAAAAGAGGCAAUGCAAAGCUGCAGAAAUAGAUUCAGCAAAUGAAAGUCCCAGUGCGAACUCCCUGAAUUACUUCCUUAUGCAGAUCAAACUAGUGAAGUAAUAGAAUGUAAUUUAAAAAAACCCCUUGGGUUGGGGUCCAGGCACCCAGGGGCCGUAAGGCUUGUACAUUAGCAGGGGUGCUUCACAGAGAUGGAAAAACAGGCAAGUUUGUUUUGUGUGUGUUUUUAAUGACAAGGUAUGGAUAGUGAUGGUGCACUCCAGGAGCUAGCAGGGAUCCUCGCUUCUUGUCAGGAGCAUCCCAGGGGUCUCAUGGCAGCGCUGGGCUGCUGAGCAGCAGAGGGCAGGAAGGAUAACAGGAGCUGAGCACCAGGGGUUUCCAACCAGCUCCUGUUGUUCACUUAUGUCUGUCCCUUCUGUCUGUUUAAAGCAGCACCCUCUCCUCUGACUCGCUCCUCUUGCAUCAGCUGCAUCUCUAUGGCACCCAGGGGAAGGGAAAGCUGUGCACCCAACCAGCACUGCUUUGCCCCCUGUGUGUGAGCAGAGCUCCUCCUGCCCCAGCCUUCCCGGGGCUUCAUUACGUGGUCAGACUGGGAAACAGCGUAUAGCACAGGAGCACUGAUGGUCACUUGAGGGUCGCGCUUUCUCUUGUGUAUUUGUUCUUAAAUUCCUGACCAAAUGCACAAUUACAAAUGAAGGAUUAUUCAGCGCUGACUUUCAGUUGCCCUUGUUGGAUCAGCCAGGAUGUACAAAGCAGGAGCUGGGUCCCCGCAGACACCCCAGAUUUAGCUCUGAUCCCAAUUGUCUGGUGCGCCAGCGGCGGGUGAGACUGAUGGCGUGUGCAGGGAGGGUUCUGGUUACAAAUGCCUGGAAUGAAGCAAGCAGGUGCUGGGAAGGUUAUCUGAGGAGAGAGCUGUGCUAAUUCUCUGCUGUCUCUCACCCACCCCUCCCCGGGUGGCACUUCUGCAGGUGAGGCUGCGUCCAGCGUGUGAGGUGAGACGACAUCACCCCCAUGAGCAGCAGCUUUUAGUGUGGGUCGUGUCCCCAGAGAGCAGAAGUGGGUCUGAGUGACAGCGGUGGGCGCUGGGGGUCCUUCCCUCUCCCAGGGAGGGCGGUCAUGCAGGAGCAGUGCUUGCUGACCUGAUUCAAGCUCUAUGAGUUGAUGUGAUUUCUGCUUGAAGGUGGCAUCUCCGGGCUCCAAUGUCAGACAGGAGGCUCACUUGGGGACAGCUGUGAUGGUUUCUCUCCUCACUGCACGCCCGUCCCUCUCAGGCUGGUAGUCCUGCUGCAGGACGGCUCAGCUGUCUGCACGAUGACUGUCACAGUUUGCAGCUCUGGAUAUUAAGGUAACCUGAAAUUGGAACUGCUUUACCUUAAUACACUGAGCUGUGACUUGUGGUUCAACAGCUGCUGUGAGAGCAGCUGAUACGUUCUCUAAAAAAAGGGCAGAGGACACAGUGUGGGACAGAACCCACUGCAGCUGCUCCAAGGUGAGUCAUUGCUGCUGCUGAAUACGGACCUGAAAAGCCUU